CAUGUUGGUAACUUUCAUUUUGAUGGUCCUGUUGGGAAUUGGAGUCCGCUUGACGGUAAAAUUGAGAAUGGAGGAAACUCAGAGUUGGAGGAUAAUGCUGCCAAUGGUUUGGAUAGGGAAAAUAAUAAUAUGUCUGAGCCUGUCACUAUCAAAACAGACAAGGAGAGUGAGUCUGAAGAUUUCUAUGACCCAGGUGCAUCAGCAAGCUUCACAAGUAACACCGAAGUAGAGGGUGAUGCUGGAGAGGAAGGUUCACAAAGACUUGCUACACCUGUGGGAGAGUUUUAUGAUGCUUGGGAUGAACUAUCAACCGACAGUGGAAUGCAGAGUUCAGUUAACAACAUCGAAUCUGAACUAAGGGAGAUAAGGCUUACUUUACUAAUGGAAAUCGAGAAAAGAAAACAAACAGAGGAGUCUCUGGAGCAGAUGCAAAUUCAUUGGCAGAGACUCCGUGAACAGUUGGCUCAGGUUGGUCUGUUCGUUCCUAUUGAUCCUACCGCCUCCACCAACAACAUGAAUCUAGCAGAAGAACUACGCUGC